AUGCAAAAGGGGGAAGAUGAACAAGGCACGUUAACGAUAGUACGCCGAAGUUCCGGCAAGAAUAGAAGUAUCGGCGAAAGUUUCGAAAGUUCACCGCCGCCACACAGCCCCGACACUCUUUCAUCGAGCCAGUCCGUGGAUCUCGACGAAAUUCUCGAUAAUAUCGACUUGACGACAGACUCGCUCCCUGCCGUUGACACCCCCGAUGCCUGCGACAAAGCUGCUCUCAGAUUGAGAUGUUUGCUGAGGCAGCUUCAACAUGGCGAAAUAUCGGCAGAAUUGCUCCAACGAAACUUGCACUACGCGGCACGCGUUCUCGAAGCCGUUUUCCUCGACGAAACCAAGGUGAAUUCAGGCGGGGUUGAGUGCUCUCGGUCAUCGCGUAGGGGUGCGGGCCUGUCAUCUGCAUCCCUCGGAAGCGCCUUGGACUCGGACGGACCACAGGGCCACGCGGUGGUAACCCAGAAACGGAAGCUUCGCACCCCCGUAUGGGCAAGACGGCUGGCAGACGAGGACGACGAACUGUCGGAGGUUCAGCCAGACGCCGUGCCACCGGAAGUACGCGAAUGGCUCGCCUCGACCUUCACCAGACAGCUAGCCACCACCAGGCGGAAGGCGGACGAGAAACCCAAAUUCCGAUCGGUCGCCCACGCGAUCAGGGCGGGGAUUUUCGUCGAUCGGAUCUACAGGCGGGUCACCAACACCGCGCUCAUGCAGUUCCCCCAGGAAGUGGUCAAAGUACUCAAGACACUGGACGACUGGUCCUUCGACGUGUUCUCGUUAAGCGAGGCCGCGAUGGGAACCCCCGUCAAGUACCUGGGCUACGAUCUGCUCAACCGAUACGGGAUGAUCCACAAAUUCAAGGUGCCCCCCGCAGUGUUGGAGUGCUUUUUGGGGAGGGUCGAGGAGGGUUACUGCAGGCAUCGUAACCCGUACCACAACAAUUUGCAUGCGGCUGACGUCGCGCAGACCAUGCACUACAUUCUCUGUCAAACGGGACUCAUGAAUUGGCUGACCGAUCUGGAGAUUUUCGCCACCCUCGUGGCGGCGAUUAUUCAUGAUUACGAGCACACUGGGACCACAAACAAUUUCCACGUAAUGUCCGGUAGCGAUACGGCGCUUCUCUACAACGACCGGGCAGUUCUGGAAAAUCACCACAUCUCCGCGAGCUUCCGAAUAUUGAGAGAGGACGAGUGCAACAUACUGCAAAACCUUUCGAGGGAGGAGUUCCGAGAAUUCCGUUCCCUGGUCAUCGAUAUGGUCCUCGCGACCGAUAUGAGCUUUCAUUUCCAACAAUUGAAGAACAUGAAGAACAUCCUGAGCCUGGCGGAGCCUAGCGUCGACAAAAGCAAGGCUGUCAGUCUCGUCCUCCAUUGCUGCGACAUCUCGCACCCAGCCAAAAGAUGGGACCUUCAUCACAGAUGGACGAUGCAGCUUCUGGAAGAGUUCUUCCGGCAGGGAGACAAAGAAAGGGCCAUGGGAUUGCCAUUUUCCCCCCUGUGCGAUCGUAACAAUACCCUGGUGGCUGAAUCCCAAAUAGGGUUCAUAGAGUUUAUCGUCGAGCCCAGCAUGCAGGUGUGCAGCGACAUGUUGGAGACGGUCCUCACCCCGUUGAACACCAAGGAGAGCGUGGACGAGUCCAACAACGGUUCGAACCCGGAGGCUAGGAGGUUUAAGAUUGGAAAGCCAUGGAUUCCUUGCCUCGCGGAGAACAAGAGCAUUUGGAAGGAGCAGGCUGUUCGAGAUGCUGAGGCGAGGGCACAAAAGGAGCAAGAGCAGAAGGCGAGCGACAGCCGCGAGGACGGCGACACAGUGCAACAAGCUGCGCCCGAGGAAUGAAAGAUCCGACGAGCCGUCUUGUUUCUCAAGAGAAUAUGUAAUUUUAGGCUACGAGGAGGCUCAUGAACGUUUUAGAAGUGGUCGCAGUGAUACGGGUAAACGCGUCGCGACUACAGCGAUUCCUCUCGUCGCCCCGAGCGAAAGUCAAAGGUCAGGCUUAACGUUAAGACCACCUCCACCGACUUAUUUGUAUCGUUUGUUUACCACGGCUAUCUGUUCCAUCGUCCGACGUUCCAUUGAUCUAGCAUUUCGACGGGUGUCUGAAUAUCGAGAAUGGUGGUCGCGCAGAGGCGGGCAAAAUUUUAAUCGAAUAACGCGAGUGGCGAAUGGAAACAACGUGGAGCUAUUUAUUUACCUUCUGGAAUGUAACAGAGUGGCUAGCUCGACACUAGAGCAAUUUCUGAAGAGAAUAUACAUAUUCUAGAGUAAAGAGAAAGUAUAGACAAUGGUAUUAUUGAUGGUAUUUGUUUUUUACUCGACCAAACAAUUACUCAGAUGGCCUUCCACUCGUUUCAUGUGAAACUUUAUUUUAUAGUUGAGAUUUUAAUAACCACCGAAACGAUGAAUCUCUAUCUUCCAUUCGUCAUUCGAAAUUUUCGUGUAGACUCAAACUUUGCCCAUUUCUGAACAAUUACCACAGACUUGUUCCAAUCCAGUCUCCGCGGUCGUAUUUGCGAAUUGUACAUACAAGCUUUACAUGAUUUUCUUAUUCUACGUUCUCGAAGAUAUAUUGCGUUAAUUUAUAACAAGCUGCGAAAUGAACGCCUCGACCGUGAAGUCCGAGUUAAGUCGUGGACUAACGCGGAAAUUACACGUGCAUAAAUUCCGAUAUAGCGAAAAAAUGAUACCACGAUAUUUUGUGAAUCUUUUUAAAUACGCAUUCGUCGUGUUGGUCGCAGACUGAUUACAAGGCCACGCGCUACUUUACGUUCGAUAAAAGCUGCGUACUCUUCGAGGGCCACAAAAUAAUUGAGCUCGUCUCUAUAUCGCUUUGAUUUAUCAAAAAUUAUGGUAAACUGCAAAGGCAGAAACGAAAAAACGAUAAAUUAAUUCACCAAGAAUGUAAACACACACCUCUGUGUUCACAAUAGAGAAUCGAGGUCGGCUCGGAGGAGAAUCUCAAGGCGUUCAUUUCCCAGUUGAUAUUUCCCUGGUCGUGCAACCGAUUACGCGUGAAUUAAUUACUAUGAAAACGUAGAAGUAGCACGUCUCCCAAGGUAAACGUAGCCUAAAGUUACCACGCUGCGAUAGGCAGCAAGAAUCGAGCACACGUAAGCGAAAGAAAGUCGUAAACGUACUUAGAGCACAAUUCUCCAUUGGCGAUUAUGUGGUAGCGAGUGAAAGAACACUAUGUUAACGUCGAGGGUGAUUCCCAUGGCGUUCCGAUCAUCGGCAACGCUGUCUUUCUCCGUACCUGUUUUUUCUUACAAUUAGUCUAUAAUUACGAGCAUACGUUUUUUCAUAGGAACGAAGACUUUCAUCUUGAGAAAGAGUACGCACCGAGUUCGAUCAAAUUCGCGAUGAUCGACACCGACUGGCGACGUUACUUUACCAAUCUCAUUGCAUAUACAUCGUCAUCGUGAUUUUCUGUUUCCUAAAUUAUGUAGCCUCGUGAAGUUGACACCCCCAAAUGCAAAUUUGGAUCAAAAACAAAUUGCAUUCGUUUGUCCACGAUUUGUCCACGUUUGUCCAACCACAAUUUUCAUUCGU